AUGUUCCGGGCACAACAAAAUGCAUUCGACGACGCCGUUGCCAAAGCAACCGACGAAAACCUGACCUCCGAGAACUGGGAAUACAUCCUCGACGUCUGCGACAGAGUCUCGUCUAGCGACAGCGGCAGCAAAGAUGUGGUGGCUGCCAUGAUCAAAAGACUCGCGCAUCGCAAUGCCAAUGUCCAACUCUACACCCUGGAGCUUGCCAAUGCCCUGUCACAGAAUUGCGGCAUUCAGAUGCACAGGGAGCUGGCAAGCCGAAGUUUUACGGAGGCUUUGUUGAGGUUGGCGAAUGAUCGAAAUACGCACCAACAAGUCAAGUCCAAGAUAGUGGAAAGAAUGGAGGCCUGGACCAAAGAUUUCUCGAGCAAUACCGAAUUGGGCAUCAUGGAGCAGGCAUAUAUGAGAUUGAAAGCACAGAAUCCCAACCUUCCACCCCCUCAGGCCCCCGUCAAAAGCGCAAUCACAGAAUGGGACAGGCGGAGAGAAGAAGAAGAAUUGCAAAUGGCCCUCAAACUCUCAAUACAAGACAAAUCCGCCGCCGGCCCAUCGAGCCAACCCUCUGGCAGUCCUGCGGAAUUAGCAGCCCAGCCAUCAGGUGCGAGUUCGCAACAGGCAGAGCAUCACCCCGUGCCCUCAGGUACAACUGCCGCAACCGUCUCACGAGUACGAGCGCUCUUCGACUUCCAACCCUCUGAACCCGGCGAAUUACAGUUUCGCAAGGGCGACGUCAUAGCUGUGCUCGAAUCUGUCUAUAAAGAUUGGUGGAAAGGCUCUUUACGCGGCCAAACCGGCAUAUUCCCCCUCAAUUACGUUGAGAAGCUACAAGAUCCCACUCCCGAGGAACUGCAGAAAGAAGCGCAAAUGGAGGCAGAGGUGUUUGGGCAGAUCAAAAACGUCGAGAAACUGCUCGCCCUUUUGAGCACGAGCACGGGGGAUAUGAACGUGCGCGACAACGAGGAGAUUACGGAGUUGUACCACAGUACAUUGGCAAUACGGCCGAAGCUAAUCGAGUUGAUUGGGAAAUAUACACAGAAGAAAGAUGAUUUCCAGCAACUCAACGAGAAAUUCAUCAAAGCGCGACGUGACUACGAAGCGCUUUUGGAGUCAUCCAUGGCUCAGUCGGCCGCACAAUACGCUCGCCCUGGCCCUGCAGCGUACGGGUACGGCCCUGGAGGAGGUGGCCCGCCUGUCCAGCAGGGUUACCCACCUCAAAGAUAUUACACGCCUGAUGGCCAACCACCGAAUAAUGCCGUACCCUACGCUUCAAACCAGCAACAACAACAACAACAACAACAACAACAACCAGGCUUUCAGCCUCCGUAUCCGGUAGCCUCGCCACCGCCUCAAAGCCAGACUCCUUCAAAUCAGCCCCAACCUCCCCCUUCUCAACUCCCUGAUGGAUAUCCCUCCUACCCGAAUCCAGCUCAAGGACCACUCCGUCGCCAAUCCCACCCUCAACCUUCGGACCCUUACGCAACGUACCCUCCUCCCAGCGACGGUUCUGCUCGACCGGGACACCAAACGUACCCAGUCAUUCAACCACCGAAUGUGGCCCAGCUACAGUAUGGAGAUGAAGGGAAAGAUUAUUCGCCUUCAAACUACUCCACCGAUGAUCUGCAUAGCCAUCAACAUCUGCCACCAACAUCACAGCCUCCUUCGGGGCCUCCACAGACAUAUCCCCCACCGCAAGGAAUGCCUCAGGGACAACAGCCGCCCUCGCAACCUCCACCGACACAAUAUCCACCAUCUCAACCACCCGCAUCAUACGAUUAUCCAGUGCCGCCCGUUACUUCUCCACCUCCAGCCCCAAGUCACGUCCCACCUCCGGUCCCUGGCGAUCCCACACAGAGACCCAUUACACCGCUCGCACAGAGCUCGGCGUAUCCAGUGUUUUCGCCUACACAGGCGCCAGCGAACCCGCAGUAUCAAGCAUAUAGCCAGAGGCCGACGAGUUAUUACCGGUAA